GCAUUCCUCCAUAGCUCCAGGGUGAUGAAAAGGUUAACCCAGCCCCCUCUUUGCUGCUCUCUUUCGGUUGCAGCCCAGCAGUCCUCCGCUGCCUCCUCCAGCAGCUCUAAUCCCACUUCACGCAGCAGCUGAACAGACAGAUCCGAACUUUAACUUCCAGUCCGUCUCUCCUCUCCGGGCUGCUCGCCCUGCAGCUCUCCUCUCUUCUCCUGCGCUGAACUUCUCCCGCUGAGCUCCACAUGAAAAGCUCCAUUUAGCAGAGGACGCAUGGAGAUCUAACUUUCCUCCCGGUCAACUCUGUGGAGGUUGUUGUCGGCUGUUGUUUUGCGGUUCCCUUGGUUUUAUGGUCUGCUCAUGCGUCGGGAAUGCCAUGGCCACUCCGAGCGCACAACAGCAGCACCAGGAUUAUUUCAGAUCGGUGAGCAGCGAGUCCACCACCUACAUGAUGGUCCCGGCCAGCGGGCCGAGCGGGACGAGGCGCCGGGAAGCGCCGUCCAAGACGUGGGUGGCGAUGGUGGUGAUAGUGGUGGUGGUGCUGCAGAUAGCCUCCACCACGGGGCUCUUUCUCUACCUGAACAUGUCCAUAUCGCAGGUGCGGAGCCAGGGUGUCACAGAGGAGCUGAAGUGCCUGAGUUUACUGAACGCUCUGGAUAAAGACCAGGACAUCCCCGACCAGCUGGCCCAGCUCUUCGGAGAGCAUUGCAUCAAACUGGCCGAAGGCAUCAAAGCAUACAUCUCCAAGGUGACAGAGAACAUCAUCUCCAAACAAACCUUCAUAGAGGCCAGAACGAUGCCUCGCUCCUUUAACAACUCGGGGUCAAAGUUCAUGACCUCGGUGGCCCAGAGGCCAUCUGCCCACUUGACCCUCAGAGACACCAGCUCUCAAGGGUUCCCUACCUACCCGAUCCCCACGCCGGGGCUGCACCAGUCCUGUCGCCAUGUGGUCCGCACAUGGGCCAAUCAGAGCUUCGGAGCUCAUCUGCACAACAUGACCCUGUCCAAUGGGAAGCUGCGAGUGCCUCAGGAUGGCCGGUACUACCUGUACUCACAGGUGUAUUUUCGUUAUCCGUCCCCGGCGGCCAGUGACGGAGACCAGCGCAGCGUCAGCCACCAGCUGGUGCAGUGUGUCUACAAGAAGACCUCCUACCCAAGCCCCAUACAGCUCCUGAAGGGGGUGGGAACAAAGUGCUGGGCUCCAGACGCCGAGUACGCCCUGCACUCUGUCUACCAGGGAGGACUGUUUGAGCUGAGGGCCGGCGACGAGCUCUUUGUCUCCGUCUCUUCCCCAACCAUGGUCAACGCAGACGAUUCCUCCAGCUACUUUGGCGCCUUCCGCCUCGACCUCUGAGAGGACAAAAUGGAAGAAGAAAAAAAAGAAACAGUUGGAUAAAUGGGUGGAGACAAUGAGUAAGGGGCCUUUUGAAUAUCCGUUGAUUGGUAAAAAAAGUGUAAUUUAGGCAGAGCUGCGGGAUGUUGGCCUGGAUCUUGGAUCCUCAAAGUUCGCUUGAACGGACACACUGAAGGAUGGAAGGCUUUCGCUUGAGUGAAAGGGAAGAGAAAGUGGAUUUGUCUUCCUUACUCUCCAUUAAGCAAAACCUAACCUAACAGAUAUACAAAGAUGAGGAGGAUAUAGACUUUCUGUUGAUUCCAGGGGAAGGAAAUUGCCUGUUUGAUGCCAUAAAGAAGUAAGCCACAUAAAAACCUUCCUGCAAGACGACACUCGCCCAAAGAAUUAGGCCACCCUGCUGCCUGUACCCCCCCGAAACGACACAUGAAUCUCAGUAUAUCUUGCACAUCAGCAGCCUUUCUGUGGGAAGCAAGCGAGCCCUCGGGUAUGGAUUCAAGACCGAAGAAUGUACACACGAUAAAAACUCAAUCCUCUGCAUCGGAGAUGUGAGGAAGGAACGGUAGCAGAACAAAGUCAAAUGAUCAAACCAAAAGCGUGCCAUGAGAGUGCUGUGCUGAUGAAUGGCUGAGAAUGAGAUUAAGACGAUGAAGUGUGGUGAUUUUAAAAGUAAUUCUUGUGUAUUUGAAUGGACUUAAAAACCACUUGCUGAGAACUGUCCACAACUCUAGGUCUCUGGAUUUUAUGCAAAGACAUUUUUAGGAGGAGGAUAAGGAUUGUUUCUUUGUACUGGAUACGGUAACAAGACUGUGAGACGCAAUGUAGAGUGCCUUCUGUGAGGAAGAGGCAGGAAUCUUGUAAUAAAAAAAAAAAGGCCUGAAGAAUGAGCGCAGCAGAAGAUGAAAGGAAAGAGAGGAGAGGGUGGUGUGCAGCCCGACCUGUCGGAGUUGUUGAUCUCUCUAUUCUCUCUUUCCCCUGGCAAUCUCCCUUUUUCUUUUCUUGUAAAGAAUGUUAAAUAUCUCGUCUUUCUUGUCUACUCUGUGAAGCUGCAUUCAGUUUUAUUUUAAGAAUCAGUUAAGCAACCAACCAGGAAACACACACACACACACACACACACACACACACACACAGGGUGGUUUUCAGAUCAAAAGAAAAAGGUCUCGGUUACAUUUAUUAGCCGUUUCAAACGUUAGCGUACGAGCCAUGUGUUAACCUUUUCAUUUCAUCAAAACAUCUAGAAAGAUUCAGCAGUUUUCAUUCAUUCAUUUUAUGUUUUGUCCUGCAAAAGAUGAAAAGCUCCGCUGGAGAAUUGACGGUACAGACUCUCCUUACUUCAGCAGAGAAAAGAUUAACAUUAAAGAACAAAGAAUUAAAGGAGGACUAACCACGAGCCACUGAUCAGAUGUGACCUACCAGAUCAAAUGAGCUUCUGACAAGAAAAUAAAAGUAAUUGUGUGUACUAAUGCUGAAACUGUUCAGGUCAAUUUGUACAGACACACCAACAUAUCCAAUCAUCCAAUAUGGCUGCCAGUCCCCCCCCCCGAGGCCUGUACUGAAGAGAGCUCCACAUAUCCAGGAUAUCUUUGUUGACCCUGACGAGUUGAUCUCGCUACCAUUACAUCCGUGUGUGCCAUUAAAUGAAGACGUUGCUUUGAUGUAUUCUUCUAAAAAGUCUGAAGUAUUGUCCUACAGGCCGUAAAAACACAUCUAAGCAACAUCUGAACCUUCACAGUCGGAGAUUUUUCUUCCUUUGAACUGUGUUGCCUUGAUUAUGACUUUGUAUAGCCUAGAACGUCUGCGUAUUUGUGUAAUUGUUUUACGAAACCUCCAUCGUCGGACUGAAAACCCAGCAGGGUUAGCCCUUAAGCUAACCCCAAAUCCUGCUUCGUAUACAGGCCUCUGGAAACACACUGACACACACACACACACACACACACACACACACACACACACAAGUUCCACUGCAAAACAGUUCAGCAAGCGAACACAGAAAAAAGGUACAUUUGAGGAAAACACAGAGCAGAUUUCGUAAUAAGACACAGACGCACAUAAAGAAAGAUUUGGAAGUAGCGAGAGGAUAUUUAGACAUAAACCAUGCACCGACUAGCACAGAAUCAGCCCCAAACGCCUUUUCUCUGGCACGCACAUGUACACACAUAAAUAAGAAAAAGGAGAUACACACAUCACCUCACACAACAUUCAGGCGAGCCUACACUCCGCAGACACACAUCAUCCAGUGUCUCUCCUCCCUGUGCCAUCUGGUAGUUGUCAGUGAUCAGACGGAGGCAUGCAGGGAGUGAGUGUGUGUGUGUGUGUGUGUGUGUGCACGAUGAUUGUUCAUACGGACAAUUCAUAAAAUGAAGUCAAACUAAUGUACACAUAUAUUUCUUUGUUUGCGUACCUUUACAUUUGUUUUCCCGGAGAGAAAAGGAUUCACACACACUUUUAAUACACUUUCCUUCUGGCACUGUGGUUCACACACACACACACACACACACACACACACACACACACACACACACGUGUAUAUAUGUAAGGUUACGUUGUAGUAUAAGGUUUGUAAAUUGAAGGCAAAUUUCAUUUUGUUUGAUUGCUGUUUUCGCUGCUUCCUGUCGUCGGGUGGCACCUGGUCACGUUUCUGUCGGGCUUUCUCUCGGCCCGCCAACGCUCCAUCACGUCACACACACCACGCCGGCCCUCCCUCUAACCUUGAGCUAAGUCAGUUUAUUAUCCAGGGUACACUACAACAAUCAUACCGCCCUUUUUUUUUCUUGCACUCCGACCAAAAUCAACAGAUCACCGAAACAGGUCCAGCGAUGAUGAUGAUGAUGAUGAUGUGAUGAUGAUGAUGAUGAUGAUGAUGCAAUGUACACACUCGUAUUACAACUGCGUAAAUCCCCGGGCCAGCUGGGAAAACUUUUGCAUUGAAUGUGUUUGUUUGUACUGGACAGUUUUGUAGCUGUGAACAUGUUUGGCACAUUGUUGCUAAGAAAAUAAACAAAUCUUUGAACUUU